CCAACAUCCGCCGGUCCGAAGCCGCCGGCAGGAGUGCUGAGGCGCCAUGCCGCCCUCAGAUGGCUUCCGAAUAGCCAGCCGGGUGGAGUUGCGGCACCAACACCACCCGGCUACCAUGCCCGUCCCCACAAACGCCAUCGCGGUGAGGACGGGCUAUAGGGUGGCGGGGCAUUCGUUCCGGGACCAUAGGGAGUAUUAUGGGUGGGUCCUUCACUUCUCGGCCCGCCACCACUACACUAAUACACACGUGGUAAGUUGUGAAUGAGCAGAUAGCAGUGCAUGCAGCCAUCCAUCCAUCCAUCCAUCCAAUAUGCACAGACGAGUACGUGCAGCCGUCGACGCGUAAUGGAUGUGUUUGCUGUGUCUCUUGGUCCCUGCAGACGCUCCGACUGGACUACUACCUGCCCUACAUCAUAGACUAUCUAAACUUCACGGGUAACGUCAUCCACACACGCGGCGACUACAAUUAUGAGUGAGCAGAUGCCUCCACACAUCCAUACGUGUGUGAAUGCAUGAUGGGUGUGUCUGGUGUGUCUGGUGUGUCUCUCGCCCCUUCCUGCCUGUCUGCAGAUGGAUCUUUAUACGGGAGCUGGUGACGAUAUGGAACCCGCAGCCCUGCCCCGAGCUGCGGGUCCGUCUGUACGUGUGGUUUAGGUGCGUAGCCGUGCCGAUCGCUCUCCAGAUCCGCGCGUCGCUGGGCCAGCCCACCAUCCUGCCUACCGGCAACAUGGACCUGUACAGAGCUGCGGGUCGCUGGUGGGUGCGCAUGGUGGGCGGCCCAGAUGUGCUCAUCCCGGAGAGAUAUGGUACACACACAAAAGACAAGGCAAGGCAAGGCACUGGUGUCUGUUUGUAUUUUGUGUUUUGUUUGUGUAUGUUGUGUGUACCAAUCAGGAAUGCACUGGCAGCUGAGCCAGAUAGCGCAGAACGGGGUGCGUGCUGCACCGGGUGCUGUGGCGGCCUACCCUCGGCAGCCCAACGCCAACACGCGCCAGCAGCUGGCCCACCAGCUGAUAGCCAACUCAACGGCUGUGGCUGGGUACCAGUAGCUGGUGCACCAGAUCAUCAACAACUGCCAGCACCCGGGGCAGCACAACCAGCAGGUGGUCGAUGUGGCCUACCUGUUCACGCACCCCCGUUUCUGCAUAGGGCUGCAGUGUUUCCUGUUCGGCCACAUCCCCCUCCCCGACCCCACUGACAGUGCCGGCCCACCCCCUGGACUUCAGCAACAACCAGCUGAACCAUGUGCUGGCCCGGCUGCUCCAGUGACACCCGCUGCCGCCGCCGCCGGACGAUGACCUGAUCGAGCACGCCAUCGAGGUGUGCCACACCCAUCGGCGGCUGUGUGAGCUAGGGCGGCUGAGGCUGUCAGACACGGUGAGGGAGGUGGAGGCCAACAUGGGGUACCACUGAGAGCGGCUGGAGUGUCGAUGAGUAGGUGUUUGUUGUCGAUGAGUAGGAGGGAGUUGUUGUCGAUGAGUAGGUAUUUGGUUGGUUUGUCGGCACGACCACCAGCUUGCCGUGUGGCCUCAUGUGUGUGAUGUGCCGGUCACACACGUGAGGCUGGUAGGCUGGUGGGUCGCUGCGGUGUGAGAAAGAAGUGGACGUAGAGAGGUGGAUCGACGGAACAAGGGGCGUGAGUGAGUGACAUCCACCCACUUGAUAGGGUGUGAUGGUGUUAUUUGUGACGGUACGGUUGGCGGGCCGGGCUGCCUCUGUGUGCGUGGGACUGCAUCCAUGGUUCGUGCAUCCUUCUGUGUGGGACUUUGCGGGUGGAUGAACCACAUACAAAAG